UCUCUCUCUCACAUUCACAGCUUGGAGAAUGCCAGUUGCUUCAACAGCAGGUGUCUUUGACUUGGUCAUCCUCCAGAGAGAACAGGUUGCACAGCUGUCUGGCACACACACACACACACACACACAUGUGUGCACACAGACCAGCGAGCAAAGAGAGAGAACGAGGCACUUAAUAAAAGAUAGCAAACAACACCUUCAGCCGGGUGAACGCUGGGUUUUUCUGGCCGGAGAAGCUCUGGCUGGGGAGAUGCUGUCUUUUGUGUGCGCGAGUGGACCGAACAAAAGCUCAGUGAGAAAUCUCUGGGAAGCCCGAGCUGUUGGAAAGGAAUGCCCCCCUCCUUCUCUCUCUCUCUCUCCCCCUCUCUCUCUCUCUCUCAUGGCUCAGUGCUGGAGUCUUAAUCAGUCACUGGAGGGGCCGGCUGUGCUGGGGGCCUCCUGGCCCUGACAGGCUGACAGGAACUCACUCACUCCUGACCUCACGCGCCUCAAUAAAAUCUAUUAGCUGAACACAAACAGGUGAAAGUUGGAUAAAUCAAACUAAUUGGACCCUGUUAGGCUUUUCAUGGUCUCACUGUCUAAGUCCUUGUGUAACCUCUUGUGUGGGGGGUUGCUGUUUUUUCAGCGCUUUACAAGUGCAAAAUUGUCUAGACACCCUCCCCAUACAUGUAUUAAGACAUUCAAAUUCUCCCAUGUGUGUCUCACAUGGUUUGUGUGGAAAAAAGAAAACAAAAUUUUGAAAUUAAUAUUUCUGUUUGUAUUAUCACCUCAUUAAUAUUGAGAAUUCAACAUUCUGAGCAAAAUUGCAUAGUGCCCCUUUAAUUUCCUUUUAAAUGCCUCCUUUUUCUUCAUUCUCAUUUGAAAAAUGUAGCACAUAUGAUAAUCCCAAAACUGUGUAUGUCUCAAUUUUAAUUCCUACUUUAGGGUACCUGCACUGGAUGCUGAAUAUUGGACCAGGAUCGACUUACAAACUACCUGCAAUAUCACAUAACAUGCACUCAAAAUCAGAUUUCAAGUGCGCACAGGGGAACUUGACGCUUUCAGCAAUUCAUGUGUGUGUGUGUGAGGGGGCUCCUGGUGUCCAGCUGUGCACCAUGCUACACGGUGAAGCUAAAACAUUUAGGAACAAGAAGAGAAAAAAACACACUUCUGACUGGAGGAGGGGACUGAAUUCUGCAGCCAGAUACUCUGAAGUAAAACUAGAAGUUAUUUUAGUCCAGUAGAAAUAAUGGAAACAUAAAGGGUGUGUGUGUGUGUGUGUGUGUGUGUGUGUGUGUGUGUGUGUGUUCCCCUCAAUAAGAAGGCGGAGUUUUCUCCCUGGGGUCCUGAGCCAAACUGGUGUUAUGUAACGGAUCCUUCUCAUCCUGAUGUGGAGUCACCCGAAAGUUUACAGGCGGCGACUCAAGCCCGGCCGUGAGCAUGGAACAUGCGAUCAUUUCAGCGGCGCGUCUGCAGAUCACAUCAAGCGGAUCGUUUUGGGAGAAAAAUGGCCUUCGGAGCUGAUUUCCAGCCAAGACACUGCCCCAUGACCGUAAAACUAAUUGAAAACUGACCUUAAACGCUGCCAAGGAUCAAGUCUUUGUUGGUUAAUGUUCAACUCUGGCCGCUCUCGGUGCGCCCGGAGAGGAAUCUGGAAAUGUGAGUUUAGAGUUUGAAUAGCAGCCAGACGGAGACAUGGGCAGCGGAACAAGCCGAGGGAAGAAGGUUGCACCUGCGUGUGUCAGCGAGGUGAACGCGACCAAAACAGCUGCUGCGGGCACUUCGGCCAAACAGGACGGCAGCAGUCCCUUCAAGCCUCUCAAAAUCCACGCGAUUUUACGCAACGCGCGCAACCGUGCGCAGCCGGACUGCCACAGCGAGGGGCACGACUCUGACUUCUCCAGGGAGGACGACGACAUCGACGGGGAGCUGGACACGGUGCUCGCGGAUGAGGAGGAGGAGCGAGGGGGAGCCGAGGUGAAGAAGAGCCCCCCGAAGAAGACUGUCGUCCGAUCAAGGACAUACGGACUGUGUCACUUCAGGCAGGAGGACGAGGAGGACCUGAGCUCGGAGGAGCCACGUGGCUCACACGGCGGGGGCAGAGUUGUAAACAAGAGGAGCAACGAUGCUUUCACACACUUUAAAAAACGCACCCCCGCGUCCCCCAGUCAGCACAGUUCCUCCUCCCGGGGCUUUCUGACAAGAGGAGCUCUGUUGGAAGCUGUUCCCACACCAGAAAAACAAUCGACUUUUGGCAGCUGCCAGGGCUCCUCUCUCACAAUGCCAGUAAUCCUGUAUGAUGGAUCAGAAGAAGAGCUGAUGGACACUAUUGAGAGGGAGUUUAGCUGACCCCCGCAGGCUGAGCAGGCCGCUGUCCUUUUCAGCUGGCUUCAUGUGAGACAGCAGUUUGCAGAAAAAAAAAAUGUAGGUGACGCGUUCAUUUUGCAGGUCUGGAAAGUAGGUGGCAAUAACAGAGCAACAUUGCCUCAAAAUUAGCUGAAAAUCAUCCAAUAUUCUGCAAUUUUCUUUUCCAAGAAGCAGGUAAUACAUAGCUAACAUUUUCUUUUUCAGGCCACUGAAUUUAAAUGAGUUGUUGCAGCUUAAUUCCCAACUAGUUUCUGUCUAACUUUCAUUUGGCAGGCAACUAAAUUGAAGUAAGAUGCUGCAGCUUAAUUUCUAAGUAGUUUUUGUCUAACUCCCCCUCAGCAAGCAACCAAACUGAAGUGUGUUGUUGCAGCUUAAGUCCCAACUAGUUUCUGUCUAACUUCCCUUUGACAUUUGGCAGGCCACUGAAUUGAAGUAAAAUGUCACAGCUUAGCUUCAAAUGAGUUUCUGUCCAACAUCCUCUCAGCAGACCACUAAAUUAAAGUGAGUUGUUGCAGCUUAACAUCCACCUAAUUUCUGCCUGACUUAUUCAAGUCAGUAAAUUUAGGUACAUCUUUUUAACCAUGCUUCUUUCCUAGUGGCAAAAUCAAGCACUCACAGCUCACUGCUGAGGUUAAGUUAGACAGACCAGUUGGAAUUUAAAAUGGCAUCAUCAGCGGGAUUUCAGCUGAAACCAGUUGGAAUCUGUGAAAUGUAUUAAGGGAAUAAACCAGCAAUUUAUUACUUGCCUCUUGAUAAAUAGCAGCGUACUAUUAUUAAAUCAUGUUUGGGUUAUUUUCAGAAGAUUCUGAGGUCAUCUUUUGUGGUAAUUUCUUUAAUUACCACCUACAUACCAUCCUGACAUGUAAAAUGAAGUGUUACCAAAAGCUUAAAAAAAGACAAAUGGAACCAGGGUGUCUUUUGACAAUUUCCUGCUACUAAGGAAGGCUACAGUCACUGUAUUUAAGCAAGGGGGUUCCUGGAUUCAAUCUGCCUGCAUUUACCCUAGUCUUAUUUAACAACAUGCAGCGGUGUAAUCUCAGAGUUAUAACACCGACUUGAAGAGGUGCCAGGAGGUUUUCCUCGGUCAGGUCUGUGUUAUCUGCAGCGGUAAGGUGUCACUGUCACCCCCUCAAUGCUGCCAGCCUCCCACUGAGCACACACAUACUCACUUGUUACCUAUUACUUACUUUACUUUAACUUGUCUGUUAAUAGGUACGGGACAGAACAGAUAUUUCUCUGCUUGCUGAAACAUACACACAAAAAAAAGUAGCAGUAAAGGCACAUUCUUGCAUUUAAGAUGCAAACAUAACAUUUUUUCACUGGCAGUUUUGUACGCACAGCACAGUUCUAGUUUUUCUAAUGUGGCAACCCUGCAAAGGUAUGAGCUGGGGAUGUUUAUUUGAGGUUUCCCCUUCCUGACCACAGUUCCUGCACUUCUCCACCCUUAUGAAGAAGGAAUGUGUGGCAACAGAGACUUUCACUUGGUGAAGGUUUGACUGAAACAUUCGGCCGCAGUCAAACAUAAAGUCGUGCUGCCACUCAGUGGUGGAACACAGGAGUUGUUGGUAGAGCUGCAACGAUUGGGCUUUGGUAAGUUAUGAUAAGCAUAAACAAUUAAACUAUUUUGCAGAUUAAUCGAUAAUGAAAAUCAUUACCAAGUCCUGCUUGUGUGCUUGAACAGUUGUGAAUACUGUCUCGAAAAACUGCACUCGAAACUGUUUUAAGGAAAGGUAAAGUUCAACCUAAAAUGUAGAGGAGGGGUUUUGUAAUUUUGUUUUAUAUUUCAAAUAAAAAAAAAGCUGAAUUCCUGA